AUGAGUCCAACCAUUAGUACAGAACAAAGUCAUCAAAACGCACAGUAGGUGGUGUGAAUAAGCAUCUCCCCCAUUGAAGAAGCACGCAUAUGUAUAAAAUUCAUGACACACCAUAUCAUUAAUAUACAAAUUUUAUAACUUCUCCUUCAUUCCUCCAACCCCACCCCACGAUACCCUCCGCUGACCAGGCAACGACAUAGCAAGAGCCAUGGCAGGUGACGAAGAGUGGAUAAAGGAGGCGAUGGCUGAUGACACGAUGGUAGUGGAGCUAUUAGUGCGGCUUAAGAAGUGCCAAUCCAUGCCUCCGCCUCCACCUCCACCGCCGCUGAAGUGGAGCGUGCGUCAGCGCCGGUCAAAACCAGUCGCGGUUGAUAAUGUUAAGAAUCCGGCUCCGAGAGCCAGUCCUACCACACCACUGUCAUGGAGCGGUGCCACCUGUCUCAGCGGUGGCGCUAUCGACGGUUGCCCUGAAGAGUCCAGCAGAUCCCCUACUCUUCCUAAACUCUAUAACUCCACAAGAUCUAAGAUUAAUGGUACUAGUGAACAAAACAAUAAGAAGAGGUCAAGAAAGAAGAAGACCUUGGCUGAACUUAAAGAAGAGGAGAACCUGCUGCUUAAGGAAAGAAGAGAGUUGAAAAUGAAAGUAGCAGCCUUCCGCGUGAAUUUGGAGAAACAAAGGGAUACUAAUGAAAGCUUGAAGAGAAUGAAGAUUGAAUUGCAACUAGAACCUGAUAGAGGAACAUUCAUGCCUCACGAAACAAUAUCCUGUCAAAUUCAGCAAGAGGUGGCAGUUUUUAAUCCUAACCCUCCGAUCAUGCACUCGAUUGUAUCAGGCAGUGAUGAUUUGCUGCAACGCUCUCCAUCGAACGGCUGUCAGAAUACCCCAGCUGCUUCCAAAUCUAAAUUUGCGCUUCCUGAUCUAAAUAUUCCCUGUGAGGAGGAAUCCAGCUAUGAGGUAAUUCGUGCUAUUUGCAAGUCGAACAAUCAUACACACGUGAAGUUGUUCUCCAACUGAAGCACGACGAAUAUAAGAAGGUGACACUUAUACUCAAUAUGGCUAACCUUGUUUUAGGACGACGUAUUGUAACUAUAUAACGUAUUUUACCUUCAACACUUUCCAACGGAAUGUGGAAUGUGAAUUGUAGACCUGAAGGUACCUGAGAAUAGUUAGGAUCUGUUCUUUUUGUUGCUCAUGAUUUAAGGUGCUGAGCAGUGUAGAGAUCCUAACUCACUAGAUAGACCAACAUUCUCUAUUCAUAGCUUAAUUACCAUAUAUCAACAAAGAGAUGCGUGCAAAUCUUUGCUCGGGCAUCCCGCAUCUUAGUUUCCUACAUUGACCAGGUCAACCCUCAUUCCAUCUAUUCUAUUUUUGGAAAUAAUUUCCAAUUAUUUGUUAAACAAUCUUGAUUCUUGUGCAAGAUAUAUUAGAUUAACGUACUUUUA